AUGUGGCUUAGAUUGUCAUAUUUAUCAUUUAGAUCAUGCUUUAGUAAGAAGAUGGUAAAUGGGAGAUUCUUCGGCCCAGAUAUUUCUGGAAGAUACAAGGGGCUUUUGAGGAAAUAAUUUUAUUUUCAUGGACUCCCAUGGAUUUAUGAUCAACCCAAAAACAGAGAAUUGAGUCCUUACCAUAGAAAACCUAAAGGUCAUAAACGUGAGAGAACACGAGAAUAGAGAAUUGAAAAAAUAAAAAAGAAUUUAAUGAAUUAUGCUGAAGAAGAAUUUAAAUUUAGACAAGAAAGAUUAAAUAAGCGACCUCCAGGUGGUUUGGAUAUGAUCGUAUAGAAAAUGAUUCCAUCUUGGAUUCAUCCCAAAACAGCUGCCUAAUUGCAGAGUACUAAGCAACUUUUGUUGAUGAAAAGAGGCAGAUAACCCAAAUAAGAGGAGGAAUACAAAACUGAUCAAUAUGAAUUUUGA